AUGGAUUAUGAUAUUGAAAUAAAUGUCCCAAGGACACAUAAAGAUUACAUAAUGUAUAUACCAAUUGUUUUAGGAGAAAUGAUAAAAAUGAGUAAAGGAGAUGGAAAAAUAACAACUUUUCAUGCUUCCCAAGUACCAGAUAUAUCAAUAAAAAAAUAUGUUGAAAGAAUUGGUAAAUAUAUAGGUUGUAGUAAUGAAUGUUUUGUUUUACUUAUGAUUUAUUUAGAUCGAAUUAUAAAAAUACAUAAAGAUAUUACAUUAUCAUUAUUAUGUAUACAUAGAUUAAUAAUAACAGCUGUUAUGAUAUCUGCCAAAUUUUUUGACGACUUAUAUUAUUCAAAUGCUUUUUAUGCCAAGGUUGGAGGAAUUACAACAAAAGAAUUAAAUAAAUUAGAAGCACAUUUUUUAAAUUUAUUAGAUUAUAAAUUAUAUGUAUCAUCACAUGAAUAUAACUUUUAUAGAAAAUAUAUUUCAAUAGCUGUUCAAAAAUUUUUAAACAGAAAACAAAAUAAACCAAUCUCAAUCGUUAAAACUUACAACCUAUUUAAUUAUUCUUCCCCUAACACAAAUAAUAGCAUGUUUCUUAAAAAUAAGGAUAGCAAUGCUACAAUAUCUACUCACCUUAUAGAAAAAAAUAAAAAUGAAAAGGAAAUAUAA